AUGUUGACAUGCGUAAAAACUACACUUCCCCAAUGUCGUCGUGCGCUCCCGACUCCCAUUGGCUGGCGGCCGCAGCCGCAGCCCCAGAGAAUGAAUGAAAUUGAAAUAGCUGCUACAUUACAUGUACAAUACCGGGCUCUGCGGCGCUGCAUUCUCACCUACCACACCAAAAUGGCCACGGCGGUGCAGAACCACCUCAAAUCGCAAUCUGGAGGUGCAGUCAUCAAGAACAGUCUUGGUGAAGAGUUCUACAAGGAGGCCAUUGAGCACUGUCGCAGCUACAAUGCCAGACUAUGUGCUGAGCGCUCCAUGCGUCUCCCCUUCCUGGACUCCCAGACAGGUGUGGCCCAAAGCAACUGUUACAUCUGGAUGGAGAAGAACCACCGUGGACCAGGUCACGCUCCAGGUCAGUUGUACACGUAUCCCGCACGCUGCUGGCGCAAGAAGCGGCGGCUAAACAUCCUGGAGGACCCACGGCUCGUACCAAUAGAGUUUAAGAUCGAUUAUGAGGCCUCUCUAAAAAAGGAGGGGGGUAUUCCAGAUGGUCCUGUUUUGGAGUCACUGCUCGCUGGGGAAACUCUGGACAAGAAGGUAGAAACAAAAGAGGAGGAGCCAAUGAGCGAGUGUCAGAAAUUGCUCGUUGGAGAUUUUCCUCAUGAGCUGGAAGUGGACGAAAUGGAGGAAGACGUGCCAAAGCGCAAGAACCGUACCAAAGCACGGGCUUAUGGGGUUGGAGGCAUGAGGAAGCGCCAAGAGCCGCCUGCCAUAGAAGACAGAGACAAGCCUUAUGUCUGUGACAUAUGUGGAAAGCGCUACAAGAACCGCCCGGGACUGAGCUACCAUUACACUCACACACAUCUGGCAGACGAAGAGGGCGAGGAAGACUCAGAACGACACACGCUACCCUUCCAGCGCAAGAACAACCACAAGCCCAAGAAAGCGGCGGACGGCUCAGUCAUCGUCAAUGGAUACUGCGACUUUUGUCUCGGCGGGUCAAAGAAGACUGGCUGUCCCGAGGACCUUAUUUCCUGUGCGGACUGUGGACGCUCAGGCCACCCGUCCUGUCUGCAGUUCACAGUGAACAUGACAGCUGCAGUGAGGACUUAUCGCUGGCAGUGCAUCGAGUGCAAGUCCUGCAGCCUGUGCGGCACCUCCGAGAACGACGAUCAGCUGUUGUUCUGCGAUGAUUGUGACAGAGGCUACCACAUGUACUGUCUGAGCCCUCCCAUGUCAGAACCACCAGAGGGGAGCUGGAGCUGUCAUCUGUGUUUGAGACAACUGAAGGCAAAGGCCUCAGCCUACAUCACCCUCACUUAAUCUGCAGACGGCCAUUCCUCCUCUCUCAAACAUUCCCAGUCGCCCCCCAUGACUGUCUGUGUGCGCCUCGGCUGUAACCCCCCCAAACCCCCCACCCCACCCCACCCCACCCCAGCCCCCUCCUCCCCCUCCUCCUCCAUGAUGCGACACGUAUUUCACAGAACCCAACGACCCAGCGUCCAUUCUAAAGGAGAACCGACCUCCAGCGUUCAUUCGUGUCACUCACGCUCCUUGCUGUGGAUGGAUGACCCCUCCUAACACCGCCACGCACGCACACACACACACACACACACACACGCACACACACACACACACACACACACAUUCUUGUAAUUGUCCCCUUCUUGAGACCUGAGAAAAAUGCCUACCUAUAUAUGAAGAUUUGUAUUUACAGCAUUAAUAAUAUAUACAUACUAUGCAAAUAUAAAAAAAAGGUAAGCUUUUUAGUUAUUUUAUCUUUAUUUUAUUUUUUUGGUUUUUAAUUGGUUUUUAACCAUUAUUUACUUCAAGUUAUUACAGUAUGUCUCUCUAUACAUAUUUAUUUACUUUUUUGAAAUUAAUUUCAAUUUCUCACACACACACUUGUUAUAACAUAUGUUGGCCAGAGAGGGAGCACUUCACAUUUUUACACACACUUGUUAUUUCAUAUGUUGACCGCCCUUUUAAAACCGACACACAGUCAAUUUGAAAAAUCCCUCCUUUUUUUGGGACCACCCUAAUUUAGACAGAUUUCACCACUAGGGGUGCUAAUGCCAUCUCCGGGUUGGGGAAGAGAUCUUGCCCCAAGUGGAGGAGUUCAAGUACCUCUGAGUCUUGUUCACGAGUGAGGCAAGAGUGGAUCGUGAGAUCGACAGGCGGAUCGGUGCGGCGUCUUCAGUAAUGCGCACGUUGUAUCGAUCCGUUGUGGUGAAGAAGGAACUGAGCCGGAAGGCAAAGCUCUCAAUUUACCGGUCGAUCUACGUUCCCGUCCUCACAUAUGGUCAUGAGCUUUGGGUUAUGACCGAAAGGACACGAUCACGGGUACAAGCAGCCGAAAUUAGUUUCCUGCGUCGGGUGGCGGGGCUCUCCCUUAGAGAUAGGGUGAGAAGCUCUGUCAUCCGGGGGGAGCUCAAAGUAAAGCCACUGCUCCUCCACAUCGAAAGCAGCCAGAUGAGGUGGUUCGGGCAUCUGCCACCCGAACGCCUCCCUAGGGAGGUGUUUAGGGCACGUCCGACCGGUAGGAAGCCACGGGGAAGACCCAGGACACGUUGGGAAGACUAUGCCUCCCGACUGGCCUGGGAACGCCUCGGGAUCCCCCGGGAGGAGCUGGAUGAAGUGGCUGGGAAGAGGGAAGUCUGGGAAAAUGGAUGGAUGGAUGGAUGGAUGGAUGGGUGCUAAUGAGACAUUCUCUAUUAGAUGCAAUGGUUUUCCCUAUUGGGACCCUGAUUUCGGUCCUAACUUGUUCACCAGUCCUCAUAUGGUAGGUACUUUUCAGUGUGAGCCUGCUCACUGGCCUCGUGGUUAGAGUGUCCGCCCUGAGAUCGGUAGGCUGUGAGUUCAAACCCCGGCCGAGUCAUACCAAAGACUAUAAAAAUGGGACCCAUUUGCCUCCCUGCUUGGCACUCAGCAUCAAGGGUUGGAAUUGGGGGUCAAAUCACCAAAAUGAUUCCCGAGCGGGGCCACCGCUGCUGAUCAUUGCUCCCCUCACCUCCCAGGGGGUGGAACAAGGGGAUGGGUCAAAUGCAGAGGUUAAUUUCACCACACCUAGUGUGUGUGUGACUAUCAGUGGUACUUUAACUUUUUUGAUGUCUCAAGAAGGGUAGAAAUACAAGAAUACACACACUCAAACGAAUUCAUCAGCCGGCAAUAGGUUCGCUCCAAAGACACACACUCCAGCCUGCCGAGGGCACUUUGGAGCAAGAGUACUCCACUGGAGAACCUCUUAAGAGCCCUCAGAAGAGCCCUAAUGAUCUUUGGCUGCAACUCAGUCAAGUAGUGAGUGAGAAUUAACUAGAUGGAUGGGCACCAGGCAGAGGACGUGGCUUUGGAGACACCGGACAACAACGGAGCAGUAUGUUCUCGUCCUAUAAACUGCGGACAAAUAAACUUCAUCCCGUUUUAAAGCUGGCAGAGUCAACUUCCUCAAUAGACUUUUGCUGCCCCAGUAAUUGUACAGAAUUCAAACUGGUUCUCGAAAGUACACUCCUGAAGAGAGUGCAGCAUUUGGAGUUCAAACCUCUGCAUGGGAUUCCCACAGACUUAGGAAUGGAUG